AUGGAGGACCUUUCAGAGAUAUUCGACAUUUACGCCAUCUGCGCAUGCUGCAAGGUUUCCCCCUCCAAUGAAGGGAUAAAGAAUGAACCGUUCAGCUCGCGGACCUUUAGGGGUCUCGGGAAUAAUGGAAAUCUCCCAUGGAAAUGCAACUCCGUUGAUAUGAAGUACUUCAGCUCGGUGACGACCUACGUGGAUGAGUCCAAGUAUGAGAAGUUGAAGUGGAAGAGGGAGAGGUUCCUCCAAAGGGAAGUCUCAGGGGGAAGUGGGGAUACGCAUAGCGGUGAUAACACAAACGGUAGUGGAGAUGCUGUAGGGACGGGGGACAACAACACCAAGCUGCAAAACGUUGUGGUGAUGGGGAGAAGCAGCUGGGAGAGCAUCCCCAAACAGUACAAGCCACUCCCAAAUAGAAUCAACGUAGUGCUUUCCAAGACGCUAACAUAUGAACACGUGAAGGAAAAGGUUUUUAUAAUUAACAGCAUAGGUGACCUACUGCUGCUUUUAAAAAAGCUGAGGUACUACAAAUGCUUCAUUAUUGGAGGAGCGCAGGUCUAUAGGGAAUGUCUAAGUAGGAACCUAAUUAAGCAGAUAUACUUCACGAGAAUCAACAACUCCUACCAGUGUGACGUUUUGUUCCCCGAGUUUGACGAAGGGCAGUUUCGGGUGACAUCCGUCAGCGAGGUGUACAACAGCAAGGGCACCACUCUGGACUUUGUGAUUUACAGCAAGGUUGGGGGGGACGUCGACGGGGGCGAGUCCAAUGGAAGCACCGUGGACAGCGGUUCGGAAAACUGCGACAAUGUGAAAUGUGGGGCGCCGAACUGCGAUGCGCCGAAGGGCACGACCACGCGCCAAAAAGAAUGGGAAAAGUGCUCCCCCGCGUGCCAGUGGCAGAAGAACAACCACAACGUCGGCGUAGAGGAAGACGACCUCGUAUACUUCAGCUUUAACAACAAAGUGGGAGAGAAAAACCCGGAGCACCUGCACGAUUUUAAAAUUUACAACAGCCUGAAGAUUAAGCAGCACCCAGAGUACCAAUACCUAGGCAUCAUAUACGACAUCAUCAUGAAUGGAAACAAACAAGGAGAUAGAACAGGUGUGGGAGUGAUGAGUAAAUUUGGCUACAUGAUGAAAUUUAAUUUAAGUCAGUAUUUCCCCCUAUUAACAACAAAGAAAUUAUUUUUGAGAGGAAUAAUUGAGGAAUUGCUUUGGUUCAUUCGAGGAGAAACAAACGGAAACACCUUGUUAAAUAAAAACGUGAGGAUAUGGGAAGCAAAUGGAACGAGGGAAUUCCUUGACAACAGGAAAUUAUUUCACAGAGAAGUGAAUGACUUGGGACCCAUUUAUGGUUUCCAGUGGAGACACUUCGGUGCUGAAUACACAAACAUGUAUGACAAUUACGAAGAUAAAGGUGUAGACCAAUUAAAAAAUGUUAUUCAUUUAAUAAAAAAUGAACCAACGAGUAGGAGAAUUAUUUUGUGUGCAUGGAAUGUAAAAGAUUUAGAUCAAAUGGCUUUACCUCCUUGUCAUAUCUUAUGUCAAUUUUACGUUUUCGAUGGGAAACUAUCAUGCAUUAUGUAUCAAAGGUCUUGUGACUUGGGUCUUGGGGUCCCCUUCAACAUUGCUUCGUAUUCCAUAUUCACACACAUGAUUGCGCAG